AAUCCAUUUCUGCGGCCUCCCUCGAAACACACACAAACACACACACACACACACACACACACACACACACAAAAUAAAAAAAGGGGCGAAUCCACGGCGAUGAUGAGUCGUUCGCUUCUCUCCCACUUCCUCGUCCUCUCCAACGCCUCCUCCCCUCGCCUCCACGCUUCGACCUCGUCCGUAACGGGAAAAAAAGAACCCUAUUUUAAUUCACACAGAUUUCGAAGUCGCAAUCUCGGAGGAAUCGAAUCCAUUUCCCCGCUCCGAUGCAACUGUUCCGUUUCGGCCCCCGAAUCGGAGGUUUCCGAGCCCUCAUCCACUCCGAUCACGAAGAAAAGGGUCGUCUCCGGAGUUCAACCGACAGGAUCGGUGCACCUUGGAAAUUACCUUGGUGCCAUUAGGAAUUGGGUUUCGCUUCAGAACACGUACGAGACAUUUUUCUUCAUUGUAGAUUUACAUGCGAUCACUUUACCAUAUGAUGCACCACAGCUAUCUAAAGCAACAAGAAGCACCGCUGCACUAUAUCUUGCUUGUGGUGUUGACACUUCGAAGGCUUCGGUUUUCGUGCAAUCCCACGUUCGUGCCCAUGUGGAGCUGAUGUGGCUGCUAAGCUCAGCUACCCCUCUUGGUUGGUUGAACAAAAUGAUUCAGUUCAAAGAGAAAUCUCGCAAGGCGGGUGAUGAAAAUGUUGGAGUGGCACUUCUGACUUAUCCUGUUCUCAUGGCCUCUGACAUCCUUCUAUAUCAGUCCGAUUUGGUUCCUGUUGGCGAAGAUCAGAAACAACAUCUGGAAUUAACUCGUGAACUGGCUGAACGAGUGAAUUAUCUCUACGGUGGAAGGAAGUGGAAGAAAAUGGGAGGGAAAGGCGGUGCGCUCUUCAAGGUUCCCGAAGCUCUUAUUCCACCUACUGGCGCUCGAGUUAUGUCCCUGACUGAUGGUCUCUCUAAGAUGUCCAAAUCUGCUCCAUCAGAUCAGUCACGGAUUAAUCUCCUUGACCCAAAAGAUGUGAUUGCAAACAAGAUCAAACGCUGCAAAACUGACUCGUUUCCAGGCUUGGAAUUAGACAAUCCAGGGAGACCUGAAUGCAACAACCUUCUUUCAAUAUACCAGCUUGUUACUGGAAAGACAAAGGAGGAAGUUGCUCUUGAGUGUCAAGAUAUGAACUGGGGAACAUUCAAAACAGUCCUUACAGAUGCCCUGAUUGAGCAUUUGCAUCCAAUUCAGGUCCGCUAUGACGAGAUCACCUCUGAUCCUGUUUACUUGGAUAAUGUUCUGUCAGAAGGCGCUAGAAAAGCAGCUGACAUAGCCGACACCACUCUUCGCAAUGUCUACCAGGCAAUGGGGUUCUUGCGGAGAUAGUUUAAUUACGGACAAAAGGGAAAUUACUCAUAAUGAAAUUCAAGUUGGAGCCAUUUUAAGUUACUCAAUUUAGAGGAAGCAAGUUUUGAAUCAUCUGCAUUUCUUUACCAAGGAAACGUCGGUCUCUUCAUUUCUUGAAUUGAGGAUAUCGUUCAUCGGACAUUGAGGUACUGCUCGUCAGGUGUUACUCUUCUUUCAAUCUUUUCAUUCAUCUGAAUUUUGACUGUUGUUACCAAUUGUAAAAUGGUGUAUGAAUAAUUAUAGUUAUCAACUUUCUUAUUCAUUAAAAAACUGCCUGUUCAGUAUUCCAUAGAAA